AAUUGUCAUUACUGUCAGCAUAAAUAUACGCUAUAAAUUUACCAACUUCACUUGUUGCUUAACAUCAAACACUAGAGUAAUGGAAACUAUAGAAUAUGAAACAAGUGUACGUUUGCCGAUAUCUCAGGCAAUAUUCGAUUUGAUGAUCGAAAAGUUUUCGAAGGAUAAAUUUGAAAAGUCGUUAAUUCUUCAUUACAACGACACAGUAUUUCCGAACUCUGACAGUAAUUUAUAUCCGAGUUACAGACUUGCGAACAAUGCGUUCCAGUUGAAACAAUGCAUUCAUCGGUUGAAUCUAUUGAAAGUCAUUGUUUGUAAUCAAGACAACAAAGAGAGUCUCAAAAAUGACAUUGAUAUCGGCAGUGAAAAUUUGAUUACCAACGCAAUGUUCAUACCCUUCACCAGGACAACCGCCAAAGAAACGAUCGCCGAAGCAUCUGAUAAAUUUAGUACAGUGCAAGAUAUUAUAAUACGUUACACUUUGUACAGUGAAAACAAUAUUCGUGUAUGUGUUGAAAAAAUAUCACAAAAUCAAGGUGGCGCGUAUUAUUUUUCAGCCGAAAUUGAAUACGAUCGUGAUUACAAGACAAUAAAUUAUGAAGAAUUUACCAAAAUUGAAAAUUCAUUUUGGAAUUUACUCUCGGAUAAAUAUCUGCCCGAAUUUUAUCACUUGUUGGACACAAAUGCUAUUUACAAUUACGUCGAAUUAUCGCAACUACUGAACAUACCCUGUCGCAAAUUUUCACCGAUCCAUCAAUACUCUUGCAAUUUGAUUGACUAUAAAUUGAAGUACAAAUUCGACGGCUACAAAGGUCGGAUGAUAAACAAUAAUUUGAAUACCGACACAAUAUUGUAUUGGGACGACAUGCAUAAUACUGGGGAAAUAUCAUCGAAAUUUUUGAAUCGAUUUCCUCACAUUAUUUUUCAGUAUGAAGUUAUUCCUGAUAAGCGAUGGAUUAUUUUUACUGAUAUUAUCGGUGUUAUAUUUCACAAGCAAUUAUAUAUGCCGGAACCAAAUGAUGUCUUAUCAUUUUUUUCUUCUUUUCCGCGGCAAGAGAUUAAUCAUCCGUUGCUGAGUGAUAAAACAAAUUGCCGCUCGUUCAAAUUCAUUAUCUCAAUUAAUGAUAAUCGUAACAAUAAUGAUGAUGACGGUUUGCUGAAAGAUGAAUUUUCAAUUGGGGUUCAGUUUACGAUCCGAGAUAAAGAAAACGAAGACUAUUUUUCGUCAUCGUUCAUUGAUUAUACUGAUGGGUUUAUAAUAGUGUGCAAUAAUCGCGAAUAUAAAUACAAAAUUCCAACACUGGAUGUACGGAUUAUAAACGAAAUGGCUUUUUUGGACGAAAGCGCAACCCCGAUAUUUGAAAAAAAAUUAGUUGCGUCGUUUUUAUUGAACCCGCAGUCAAUUUAUGAAAUAACUUUGCGGCGAGGGCAAGUUGUUAUUUUGCGUGAGCGGUUUGAAAGACAAUUUACUUCGAACUCCGAAGAAUUUGAAAUUUUUAAAUCUGAGCUGGAAUAUAUGUCGCAGCAGUUGCGGUUACUUCAGCAGUAAUUUAUAACUGAUAAGAACGGAAUUUGUGUUGAUAAAAUAAAAAAUGUUUUAAAAAAUGAUAAAUAUGUUUAUUCAAAAAU